UGUCAAAUUUGAUUUGACCAUCCACAUCAAGAUAACCAAGAACCCAAAUUUGUUUCGAAAUAUUAUAAAUUGAGAUCAUGAAACUUAAUAUAAAAAUAUCAGAGAGCAUUACGAAAAGAAUUUCAAACUUAACAGACAGCUGUUCAGGAAAACUUUAUGGAAUAAUCACUAAAGACAACUUAGUUAUUGUGGCAUUACACGUAAGUCAAAAUGAUUUUGAUUUAACGAAUUCUUUACCAUCUGGAAUUGAAUUUUGUGGAAUACUUAGUGUAGGAAGUGAAAAUCAGCACCACAAUGUUAUUCCAAGAACUGUCUUAAUAAAACAUGUUUUUGGAAAUGAUGGUCUUAGCGCCUUUAUUGAAGAAAAUGGAAAUUAUAAGGCAACUAGUUACAUUAUCAUUACAGAGCAGGAGAUUAAUAACACAUUUUUAUACAUAAGGUUAAAAGGCGAAAUUCCCCUUAAAUCAGAAUUUACUGCUUCAGCUCUUAAGGAAACUUUCCAAAAUGUACAAAAAACUGCUUCUUUGGAAUUAGUCUUUAGUCUCCUGAAGUCAAAUAUAUUUAUUUUGGAUAAUGAGACUAUAGGCAUUGACAGUGAUAUCAGUUUAAAUGAAUUCUGUGAAGAGUCUAAUAGUUUUAAUGAAGAAAUAAACAAAAAGAAAAAAGUAAUAAAUGUAAAACCCAGAAUUUUAGAAUUUAACUUGUUGCAACAACUUACUAAAAAUAAUUCUAGUGAGGUAAUCAAGGAACAUGCCCCUAUAGGUAUUUUAGACAAACAUCCUUUUAAGGUUAUUGAUACAUUACUUCAAAUAGAUUCACUUGCUGUUGUCAAGGCAGACACUAAAAUUCAAAACUUGUACACUACUCUACUACAAAGCAUAAAUAAACUAUUGAAAUUAUAUGAGAUCAAGUUUCUAGACUUUGUAAACAUUAAUAAAUUAACGAAAAAUUUGGUUUAUGAAAUAUUUCAUUUUUAUCCGGAGGAAUGUCAGCAUUUUCUGACAUUUUUGUAUGCUAAAGAUCAAUCUGAGGCUGAACUAAAAAUUCUUCGUCUGCUUUUACACAAGCAACUGUUACUAGAAACAUCUGCACCUUGUUUUAGAAGAUCCAACCAGUACAUGUUUGAUAAGAAACCAAACGGACCACUAAUCAAUCCACAUGAGGGUAUUAGAGCCACUGAUAAUGGAGGAGUUAUAGCUUUAGUUAGAGGAAAAUAUGAAUAUUACCACUAUUGUCAAAAUAAAAUGGACGAUAAUGGAUGGGGAUGCGCAUAUAGAUCUUUACAAACCUUAGCAUCUUGGUUCAAAUUGCAAGGUUUCGUUGAUAGGGACGUCCCAACUUUUGCGGAAAUACAACAAUGUUUGGUGAACAUCAAAGACAAACCUGCAUGUUUCGUGGGUUCAAGGCAAUGGAUAGGUUCAACUGAAGUAAAUUUCGUAUUGAACACCUUAUUAGGAGUAGAAAAUAAGAUCUUGUACGUUAGUUCUGGUGAUGAUAUGGCGUCGAAGGGUCAAGAAUUAGUUAGUCACUUUCAAAACCACGGAUCGCCCGUAAUGAUAGGAGGUGGAGUUUUAGCACAUACCAUAUUGGGAGUGGAUUACAACCAACAAACUGGUGAUAUAAGAUUCCUAAUUUUGGAUCCUCAUUAUACAGGUGGCGAAGAUCUUCAUACGAUUCAAAGUAAAGGCUGGUGCGGUUGGAAAAACGCCAAUUUUUGGGAUAAAGGAUCUUAUUACAACAUGUGCUUACCUUUAGUUCCACGAGAAGUUUAAAAAAUCUUUUAUAUUGUAUUUUUUUAUUGUUGAAUCAUAUUUAAUAACAAAUAUAUUGGUAAAUGUUUAUUUUUAUGGUCAC